AUGCGCUGUCGUUCUUUUCUCACUGUGGCGGCUGUGGCUGUCGGCUUUCUCGGAGCCGAAGCCAGCCCCUGUCGACCCACCACUGCCACAACCCUUACCGACGCCUCAUCGACUGUCCUGUCUGACGCUACGACUGUGGCUUCAGCCACAAGUCUCGCCGAAACCACCUCCGUUGCUGUUUCGGAGACUGCAAUCACUACCUCGGCCGAGACUACCUUGGAAACCUUACCUGAAACCACUUCUACCACACUGGCAACCACGACAAGCGUUCGAGCGCCAGCAUGUGUGGAGACACAGGUGAUCAUCAACCCAGGCCUCGACGAUAGCACCUCCGACGACUUUGUACCUUGGUCAAGCGAUGGCUACUUGGUACAAGACCAUAGCGUUUCUGGCCCCAACUCCCUGUCUUUUGUCUUUUCCAACGGCAUGGGUAAUGGGUACCUCUCCCAGGGUGUGGACAACCUCAACGGCCAAUACAGGUUAUCUUAUCAGUGGGCAAUAUUCUCAACAGAGGGCGUCAUGGCUGGAUUCUCAUGCAGUAUCACACCCUACAUCGGGGAUAACCAGCUUUCUCCUAGCUAUCCUGAGACUGGUGGUUGGACUCCAGAAAGCCAGAGGUGGUCCACUGGAGGCAACAUCGUGUCUAAUGCUGAACUAACACUCAAACUCGAAUGCUUUGGAGAAUAUGACUCGCUUACGAUCAGUCUGGACGACGUCAAACUUACACGAGUCUGUGAGUUGGAGACGCCUUGA